AUGGGGCCCUGGGCCGUCCCGUGGAUGAUGCUCUGUCUCUUCUGCUUCUUGCCCCCUGCCAGGGCCCAGACGAAGAUCCCGCUGGAGACGGUGAAGUCCUGGGCAGAUGCCUUUGGUGGGGAGCUGUACUCCAUUGUGACUAAGUAUUCAGGCUCUCUCCUGUUGCAGAAGAAGUACAAAGAUGUGGAGCCAACUCUGAAGAUCAAAGAGGUGGAUGGCUUGGAGCUGGUGAAGAAGUUCUCGGAGCAGAUGGAAAGCAUGCUCCGCAGGAAGGUCGAAGCUGUCGAGAGGUUGGUGGAAGCAGCAGAAGACGCAGAUCUGAACCACGAGUACAACUCCUCACUGGAGUUUGAUUACUACAACUCUGUCCUGAUUAAUGAGAAGGAUGAAAAUGACAAUUAUGUGGAACUUGGAGAUGAAUUCAUUUUGGAGCCAAAUGAGCAUUUCAAUAACCUGCUGGUGAACACAACAUACAGUGAUAUCCAGCUCCCCACCAAUGUCUACAACAAAGACCCUGCCAUCCUUAAUGGAGUUUACAUGUCAGAAGCCCUGAAUCCUAUUUUUGUGGACAACUUUGAAAGGGAUCCCACGCUGACCUGGCAGUACUUCGGCAGCUCCACUGGAUUCUUCAGGCUCUAUCCAGGGAUAAAAUGGUUACCAGAUGAGAAUGGAGUCAUCUCCUUUGACUGCAGAAACCGUGGCUGGUACAUCCAAGCGGCCACCUCUCCCAAGGACAUUGUCAUCAUUGUGGAUGUCAGUGGAAGCAUGAAGGGCCUGAGGAUGACCAUUGCCAAGCACACCAUUGUCACCAUUUUAGAUACUCUGGGAGAAAAUGACUUCGUCAACAUCAUUGCAUACAAUGAUUAUGUUCAUUUUGUUGAACCCUGUUUUAAGGGUAUCCUGGUCCAAGCAGACAGAGACAACAGAGAGCACUUCAAGCAGCUGGUGGAAGAACUGCAGGCAAAAGGAGUGGGGACUGUGAGCAAGGCUUUGACAGAGUCCUUCAAAAUUCUGCGGGAGUUCAGAGAAGCUGGUCAAGGAGGCUUGUGUAACCAAGCCAUCAUGCUGAUCACCGACGGAGCAGUGGAGGACUAUGAAUCCGUGUUUGAAAAAUACAACUGGCCAGAUCGGAAGGUCCGGGUUUUCACUUACCUCAUCGGACGGGAGGUCACUUUUGCCCCCCAGGUGAAAUGGAUUGCCUGCAACAACAAAGGCUACUACACUCAGAUCUCCACGCUGGCGGAUGUCCAGGAGAACGUGAUGGAGUACCUGCACGUGCUCAGCCGCCCCAUGGUCAUCAACCACGACCACGACAUUAUCUGGACUGAGGCCUACAUGGACAGCGCGCUGCCACAGUCUGAGGAGCUCUUUGCAUCUCAGGCUCAAAGUCUGUUGCUCAUGACGACAGUGGCCAUGCCAGUCUUCAGCAAGAAGAAUGAGACGCGAUCCCAUGGCAUUCUUCUGGGUGUGGUAGGCUCUGAUGUACCACUGAGGGAGUUGUUAAAACUUGCUCCACGGUAUAAGCUGGGUGUCCAUGGAUACGCCUUUCUGAACACCAACAACGGCUACAUCCUUUCACACCCAGACCUCCGUCCUUUGUAUAAGGAAGGAAAGAAACUGAAGCCUAAGCCAAACUACAACAGUGUAGAUCUCUCAGAAGUGGAAUGGGAAGACCAGGAGGAAAUAAAACGAGUUCUUUUCCUCACCAAUGAUUAUUUCUUCACGGACAUCAGUGGCACACCCUUCAGCCUGGGUGUUGUGCUGUCCAGGGGACACGGGGAGUACAUUCUGCUGGGGAACACUUCAGUGGAAGAAGGUUUGCAUGACCUGCUCCAGCCAGACUUGUCUUUAGCAAAUGAAUGGAUUUACUGCAUCACUGACAUUGAUCCAGACCACCGAAAGCUCAGUCAGCUGGAGGCUGUGAUCCGUUUCCUCACUGGAGAGGACGCUGACCUGGAAUGUGAUGAGGAGUUGGUCCAGGAAGUGCUGUUUGAUGCAGUGGUCACUGCACCCAUGGAGGCCUACUGGACUACAUUAGCCCUCAAUAUGUCCAUGGACACUGAGGCAGGUGUUGAAAUGGCUUUUCUGGGCACUCGGGCUGGACUCAUGAGGAGUGCCCUCUAUGUGGGCUCUGAGAAAAUUUCCAACAGGAAAUUCCUGACACAGAAGGACAAGGAAAGUAUCUUCACUAUGGACCACUUCCCUCUGUGGUACCGCCGGGCGGCCGAGCAUCCCCCCGGGAGCUUCAUCUACAGCAUUGUCUCGGAAGACGAUUCAGAGGGAGGUGACCUACCGCAAGUGGUGACCGUGAGCACGGCCGUGUCUGUGUCUGUGGAUGGGAAGAUGGGGAUUGCUGCAGCGGUGGGUGUGCAAAUUAAGCUGGAGUUGCUCCAACGCAAGUUUUGGAUGACCAUGCAACAGUGCAGUGCCUUCGACGGUGCCUGUCCUCUCAGCUGUCAGGAUGAUAUUCUGAAUUGCUUCCUCCUUGAUAACAAUGGCUUUAUACUUGUUUCCAAAAUACCUGAAGAGACUGGAAAAUUUUUUGGUGCAGUGGAUGGCUCAGUAAUGACCCAGCUGCUAAACAUGGGCAUGUUCAGGCGGGUGACCAUGUAUGACUACCAGGCAAUGUGCAAAGUACCCUACCACCACCACAGCGGCGCCCGGCCCCUGCUCAGCCCAAUUUAUGCCUUUCUAGCUGCAGUGAAAUGGCUGAUAAGUGAUUUCCUCAUCUUCCUUUUGGAGUUUAACAUGAGUAGCUUCUGGCACUCAAACAACUUGGCAGAUGCCAAGGCUGUCUUCCAUCAUUCUCACAAGCACAAGAAACAUGACAUGUUGCAGCCCUGUGACACCGAGUACCCCGUUUUCGUGUACGAGCCGGCCAUCAAGGAGACCAACGGGCUGAUUGAGUGUGGAGACUGCCAAAAGAUGUUUGUGGCACAGCAGAUCGUCAGCAGUAAUCUCCUGCUCCUCGUCACGGAUGCUGUCUGUGAUUGCAGCAUCUUCCCACCUGUCCCAAUGGACCCAAAAGAGGUCAAAUAUAACGCUUCAGUGAAGUGUGAACGGAUGCGGUCCCAGAAGCUGCGACGGCGGCCGGACACCUGCCAUGCAUUCCACCCUGAGGAAAACGCCCAAGACUGUGGUGGCGCUGCUGAGAUCUCCGUCUCGCCGACGCUGCUGCUCCUGCCGCUGGUGCUGCUCCUGCGGUGACCCCGCCUGCCACGCGUCUUACACGGCACAGACCCGGGGGGACGGAGCUGCCACCGGCC